AUGCCGCCAACCAAGCCCUUGAUCUAUGCGGAGCUUCUGUCAAAUAUUCGACAGAUAUCUAUCCUGGCGUUCUUGGACACACCAUCUGAUUCUUCUACAAAGGCUGAAUUAUUGGCCGAUGGAACCAUAUUGAAAUUGAACCAUGCCAAACAGGAUAUUCGACUAACGCUUCCCAGUCAAGUGGUAUCAAAUUCACCACUACGAGAAUUUCCUCUCGGUAGCCUUGAAUUAUCAUGGCGUCUUCCUUUGGCAGGAGACUUUCAAAGAGCUGAUGUAGACAUUUCACAAACCAUUGAAGCGCCAUGGUCCGCAAAGGAUAUGGUUAUUGGUGAACAAUUUUUUGAAUGCCGCAGGUGCUCUACGACAAUCGUGGAAGCAGAUCGUAUCAAAGAAUGGAGGGAUCUUCCAAGUGAAGGUUGGGCAGAAAUGAUGGAUUUCUGGCAUUGUCACAAGCCAUCGGACCAUGCUGACCAUAGUCAUGAAAACGAGAAUUUGGCUUCAACAAAAGGUUAUGGAGCAAACACGAAGUUCAAUGCACAGCCAGGAAUCGGUUUUAUGGAUCAUUCAACCCUUCUGUUGGCAAAAACCGAUUGUGCGCUUCCUCAAGAUGGUAACGAGAUAAAGCUUCCCUUAAAAUGUGAAUUGUGUUCCGCUACGAUUGGAAUUAGUGAUCCUCAAAACGAAGGAAUCCGACUUUUCAAAUGGAGUUUGCGCAUGAGAACUUUCGCGGGCUCUCCAUUAUCCAAUCUUUCGGAUAAGCUUCUUGAGCCAUCGAUGGCCAGAAUCCUUUCGGCACAAUUAUUGGGAAUAAUGAAUUCAUCUUGUGUUUCCCGUGUAAACAUACUGCCUCUGAAAAAUCCAACCGAUGUUGGACUAAUAGAAUGGGGAGGCCUUAGUAUUUGGAUCUUCAACCCCUCGAUUAGAUAUACUACUUCAUACUUUCACCAUCGUAGACGGAUGAGUAUCUCGGACACACCUGGUAGACCUGGAAUACUGGCUAUGAAAAUCCUUUCGAAGCCAUUCUCUUUGGCCAAGUAUCCAUCGACAAAUGAUGAGUCCGUGGAGGAGCUAGAGUUGCCAGGAGAAGUGAUACAUGAGCUUGAACAUUACCUAGAAGUGGGUGCAAUGCGAUAUCUCCCACCAAGUGCGAGGAAAUUUCAGGAGUGGAAUGUAUCAUUUUUGGAUAGACACGAAGCAACGACCUGA